AUGAUGCUUUUCGUGUCCUACGCGAAAGGAGGACCACUGGGCGACUCUGGCACGCGAUCGGGACAAAUGGAAGAAUUACUGGCGCCCGCUCGACCAGUUCGAAGAUCAACGGGAGUCAAGGUGAUCAAGCAAAGUUUCUAUGUUUAUCAAGAUUUUGAUGACGAAUUACCAGGAUCAUACCAGACUGCAAACUCAUCCGGCUGUGUUUUUCACGAGUUCGUUCAAACGCUCCACUCACCCCGCUUUCACAAUGCUGUCGCUAGGGUGAUAAUUGAAAACAAUUUGGAGCGAAUGACAAAAAUUUCACUCACAGCGGUCAGUCUAAGAACAUCUAAUUGGGGGGUUUAUCGAGAAAGUGGUGCAGAGUCUUCGAGAGAUGAUAAAUUUUCACCAAACGUCAACCUUUCAUUUCGAAAACGAAUUUCUUAUCUAAUACGUUAUUGUCCAACCAGUACCUGUUGA